CCGACAGAACUAGUCCGGAAAACUUAUGACCGAAAAUAACCAAAUUUUCGCAUUUUAAUCAUACCCGUGAAUUGUCGUUUUUUGUUCAGUAUAGUAAUCAUUAAGAAAGUAAUAUUACAUAAUAUAAUAAUACAGUCGCGAACAAAGUCAUUAAAUACGACUACAAAUAUAUAUGGCGCGAAACUGAAACAUGUGGAAACCACGGCGGUGACGUUUGAUACAUUCGGAACUCCUCGGCCAUUCCGAAUGCGAUUGAUACUGUACUAUUUGUUCGGAUGCUAUUAAUAGCCAACUACGCCAUUGGAAAAAAACCAACGUUUGGUUUUGCAGUGUAAUUCGUAUAUAUAAUAUAAACUGGAUAAAGCUGGAGCUUUACAGAUUGGCAUAACAUAAAAUUGUAUGUGACUUGUUUAAUGUGCAACUAACUAAACCACUAGCAAAUAACAAAAUUUGCAAAAUGAAAGUUGAUUCGAGCAGCGAAAGCGAAAGUGAGUGGGAGGAUUUUGAGGGACUCCAUGGUUUCGGCCCGGGCACAACAGUAAUCCAAUCGGGUGGAGAAACAACAAUCAUACCAGCAGGUUGUAGUGUUCAAAUCUCCGGGAUGACAGGCCUCACUAUCGGCGCCAAUAACUACACGGUCGUGGAAAGAAACGGGACACAUAGGGCACGUUCGCGCAAUCACGGUCACAGAAAACACACUCGUUCAAGGUCACCACCCGUCAGAACAGAUUCAACAACGCCGGUAUCAAAUUCAAAUAUGAACCAUAUUUGUAACAACAUCGGGGGCCGAUGGCGCAGGCUAGGUGCCGCUCUUGGUGAGACGCGGGGCGCCUUGGAGGCUAUCGAGUAUGACUUUCGGACAGAGGGGACGUAUGAAAUGGCCUGGCAGAUGCUCCUCAGAUGGCGACGUCGGAACGGAAGUGGAGCGACCGUUGGCCGUCUCGUGAAAUGCCUCUUGGAAAUAGGCGAGUCGGAGUUAGCCAAAGAAAUGCCUUGAAAGGGUACGAGAGUGUGACUGGGUCAAUAUUCUCGAAAUGGACAUAUCCAGGAACAUAUUGGUAUAGUCUCCGAACCGUCCAUCAUCCACUGUGACAGUUAAGAAUGGGUAACGGAUCAUUUUUUAUCGAAAUCAUUGGUAAAAGCUAGGACCAAUUACACCUACUCCUAGGUCAAAGUAACAUUUGUCACCGUCCGAAACAUGAAGGACAUUAUGUGUUAGCAUGUCUUGUUAACAAUGCCUAGAGAAUGUUGUGCUUUUUAUUUCUGAACUUUUGAGACAACGUUUGUUUCUUUGUGUGCAUUUCGGAAAUCCAGAUCAGACCGAGUUUGUUUAUAAUGUACGACGUUAUCAUAUACGACUUCACCAAUAAAAAGUUUGUAUAUGUUGAAUGUGUAGUUAUUCAAACUCAUUUGUUGCAAAUUUAAUGUAAAAUACCAUUAUUUGUUUUCAAUAAAAAAGUUAACCCGUG